AUGAGGAGGAACUCAUUACUUGUGAAGCGCUUCUUGAACGGAAGGUGGGGUCCACAAUUCAAUUCUUCACUGCCUUUCUCGCUUUCCUUUUCACGUAAUGCAGGUUCAGCCAAAGUGGCAGAGGAAGAGGCCGGAUAUUCUGAUGGACUUGAGUGUGCUUUGGCUGGAAAGGGUGUGUUUGUGAAGGACAAAGCUUUUCGGAACUUAAAUGCUUGUGAGCUACACCAACAUGGCGCGACCAUUACACAGUCUUUGUCAGGAAUUCCCCUUCAUAUGAGAGGAAAUGUCCUUGAAGGAGCACCAGGAAUUUCCAAGACGCAAUUUAACAAACUUUUAAAGCAGGUCACAAGUCACAUAUCAUCCAUCUCAGAUGUCUUUGUUCAUGACGGGGCUAUUGGUUCCUCACCAAAAUGCGAUGCGAAAGUUCGUGUAAUAAGCGACAGUCCUUCUCCUCUUUUAUCACUUUCUAAUGUUCUCUGGAAGACUCCUGCUCGUGCAAUUUCCCACGAUUCCUGUCCUCUAACAGUAUAUGUGGCUACUUCUAUGAGUCCAGGUGUAGUAGGGGACAGCAUUGGUCUUGGAUCUGGAGGAACUGAUGGACUUAUAGCCGGUGAUAUUGAUCGUUUAUCACUUGUUUUAUGCGGUAAAGCUUUUGCAGAUACAACCGGAACCAAAGAAGCUCUAUCUGCCUUGUCUGGACCUAUCAUAGCCGCACGUGGAGGCCUCCCUCUAUCUGCAAGGCUUUUAGUCAUUGGCGAAUCUGCGGUUCUUUUAUUUGCACCGGAAAAUACCAUUAAAAGAUGUGCAAAUAAGUUGGUGUCUUCAGAUACUGGUGUGGUUCUUUCUUCUCAAGGUGUCACAACAUUGUUUCAAGGUGGAAGUUAUGGUGGUUCAAAUCUAUUUAAAUCGCCAGAUGCUGUUAUUUUUGCGUCUUCUUAUAGUUGUGGUACUAUGCCUUCCAUAUCAAAGCUUUCACCUGGCCAGGCAGCUUACCAGUUCCUGGCUGGUUAUCAGAAUGGGAAGUUUGUACCUGCUUACACCAAAGGCCCUUCGUCCAUUGACCCAUUGGAACUAGCCAAGGCUCUUCUCUUCAAGUUGAAAGAGGAUCAUAUCCCAUCGUUUCUAGUUAAAGCCAGCGAUGGAGAAAAGAGUUUAACUGGGAAAGAAUUUAUCAAACUGGUGGAAACAACUUUGUCCAAGGACAUCCCACCAUUUCAAGCAAAAGAUAGUGAUCUUCAAGAAAAGUACAAGACCUUUCUAUCGAGAAAGUUUCCAGAAAUGCCAGAAGAACUAUCAUUUUGAGAUGCUCAAGAUAAUUGCAUUAUAAUUAGGAGAAUUUUUCGACAGUGUACAAAACAUACAUUAUCAGUGCUGCACAGGUUUUAACCGUCAACUUCUUCAUCAGAUUUGUAUUGUUUGAUCUUGAAAUGUUAAAUCUGAUGUUCGGAAAUGCAUAGUAUUUGUAGAAAUGCCCUACCAUAGUCCAUAGAAAUCCCUUGUAUUUGUUUCUUUUAUGCACCCCAACACUCCAGAAAAAGGCCUCAAACUAUGUGGCUGAAUUGUGCUCCUCCCUAGCAUAGUAUACGACUCUUUUUGUGUUUUACCAAAAUGCAUAAAAUAAAGUUUUCUGUUGUAUAUCAUCUUACUGAAGUUAGAUCUUCCUUUCCG